AGGAGACUGUUUGAAAAAAACUGCAGGAGAGAAAGAGGGAGGUGGUUUAUGCGAACCGCUUGACUGGACACCUCAGGUUUAACUGUAUCAUUGAAAAAGGAAAGGGAACUGACUGCAACUCGCCUUGAUGCUCUCCACUACAAAUCUGCCUUUUUGAAGGCUGCUUUUUUAAUGCAAGUAGAUAGGGAAAGUUGUGGAAGUGGAAUGCGAAAUGAAUGCACAAAGAAACUUUAGAAUGUCGCCUGCAUAGAAGGCCUAUCACGUUUAGGCUUGCGGUAUGUUACAAAACAGAACUAUCCCUUAUGGGCGCCUGCAAAAAUAUAGUUUCCUUUAAACGACAUGUGUUACACAUCAUAGGAAACUGGAACAAUAGUCUAUGUGGUGAGGUGGGCUAGGUGAUCGCCACAGUGGAGCCUUCGUGGAUAUCGUUCGUAGGCUAGUCUACAUAAGCACAGUUUUCAGGACAUGAUUGACAAUAGGAGUUAGGCUAUCUGAGUAAGGUCCUCCCCUCUUUCUCCACCAUAUUUUGUGAGUUUAGGCCCUCUCUGCGCCUCUUCCUUCUCCUUCCCUCCCUCUCUCCCCCUUUUCCUUAAGAAUAUGGAAAUCACGCCCCCUUCUCUCUCUCUUUCUCUGCGACUCGCUGUGGAUCCCUCACUCGCCCCUCCGUCAAAACCGUACGCGUACCGACGGCAAAAAAGUGCAAGCCGUCUUGACAGAGGAGAGGGGGAGAGAAAGGAAAAAAAUAGGGUUGAAGGGGGUGGGGAAGAGGCAAACGUACGCAUCAAUUUGUACAGUCUUCAGCAGCAACCCUCUCCACGCACUGACUUAGGAGGGGAGCGGAGAAAAGGAACAUUUCGGCAUUAUUGCAAUGUGAACCUACCCGUACCUUACAGUGUAUGCAUGCACUCAAUCCAGUCCGUGUAUGACAACGUACAGUACAACCAAGGGACUGAAAGAAAAAGAGGAGUGGGAGAAAGGGACACGCUUCGCUGGAUACCAUAGGUCUCUUAGGCCCCUUCCAAACACAGGGGUCGGCUCUGAUCUUGUUUUUGAAAAUGGCCGCAGGGAAGAAAUGGACCACGUAGGGUGGCGACAAUGAAAACCCGAACUCACAAAGAAUCGAUGCCCAUGCGCAGUGGGCGCAGGAGGGGGGGCAGUGAGGAGAGGAGGGGUAGGCGCCCUCACCCCAGCCCCUCUCGAGCCGAGCGCAAUGACAGGCAGACGCAACGCACGUCUGGUGAAGAACUGCCAGUCAACCGCUUCAAUUGUAGAUCCCAAGGUCACGAUUCGUCCGAGAGUGAGGGGGAGGAGCUUGUUCCACCCCCAAAGAGACAGAAAGUACAGGACUCUGUUUCUUCUAAUCCCCCACCUUCAACCCAUUCCACCGACACCUCAACUUCAGCCCCGCCUCCGUCCUCAGCACCCAACCAAUCACGAGAAAGUGACAACGAGGACGGCCAGUCCCAGGGCAGCAGGAGCUCCGUUGGCGGAAGCUUGGCCAAUAGCAGCAGCAGCCUGAGUAGCGGGCGGGACAUUGACCAGGACAAUCGUUCCUCCUCCCCAAGCCUGUCUGCCUCACCUCUGGCCAGCCUGGACUCAGAGUCCGACUCGCCCGACUCCCCGAAGCAUGGCGGCGACCGGGAACGCCAUGACAAAACCAAGGAGAGUGCCGCGGCCAAAUCGGGCACAGAGGAGCGGAGGAGUGCCACCCGGGCUGCAGCCGAGGAGGCCGUGGAGCACAGGGACGUCGACAGCGCGAUGGAGGAUGUGGCUCCCCUGAAGCCAUCGGCCUCACUGGCCCCCUCCCUCCGAGGGUCUGUGGAGAUCCUGAGCGAGGGCAAUAGCAGCAGUGGAGGCGGCAGGAAGUCCUACUUUUCCCUGGACUCCAAGCUGGUGACCAAGAUGGACUACACUGGGCCUGGGAUGGCCGAGGGUGUGCACGCUAGCAAUCGGAUCAACUCCAAAGCGAACGCUCAGGGCGUGAACAAGGUGGUGGUGGGAGGGGUCGAGUUCCCCCACGGCACCCCCAACGCCACCCAUCCUCCACCCCUGCCCCCUCCACCUGCUCUCAAGCCCCUGGAGGUGGGGCAAAACCUGCCUGGGGACUCCAAGGGAGACAAACUGGACAAGGGUGACAAGUCGGCACCUCCAUCCCUUCUGCCCCAGACCAGCCCGUUGCCCCAGCAACAGCAGCAGUCGCAGCCUGUCCCUCCCCACUCUCACCAUUACACCCCCACCAGUUGGCCAGGAAACGCCACCUCCAGUUGCCCCGGAAACUGGGGCUACGCUCGUUACCCCGGCAACCAUCACCCGCACCCCCCAGUGCAGCAGCAGCAGCUACCCUCCGUCUACAACCCCCCCUCCUCCUCCCGCCACUCCUCACACCCGCCAUACCUGCCCCACCCCCACCGGGAAUACCUGCCCAGGUAUGCAGGUGGCGCAGCAGAGCGGGGGCAGGGGCAGGGGCAGGUGGAGAGAGAGAGGGGGGUUCGUGAGUUUGGGGGAAGGGGGGAGAUGGGUCGGGAGUUCCCCAUCGGUAUCAACAUCAGCAGUGGAAACAGCAGCAGUGGCAGCAACAGCAGCAUAAACAGUAACAGCAACAUGAGCACCUGUGGAGUUGGGGGGGCCGGUGGCAGUAACGGUGGUGGUGGUGGUGGUGGUGGUGGUGGUGGUGGUGGUAACCAGGCCAGGGACUUUGGGAGCCUGGCAGGGGGCCAGAGCCGCGAGUUCAGCGGGCUGGGCCCUCAGGGAGGGGCGCGUGACGGCCCCCCAGGAGCAGGCGGGGGCAGGGAGUUUGGGUCGGGUUUCAGAGACAGGGAGAGAGAGAGGGAGAGAGAGAGGGAGAGGGACACAGGGAGGGAGUUUCCUGCUCCCAACCAGCACCAGGGCCAAGCCAGGGACUUCGGCCCUGCGGGGGCAGGUGUGCACGCCAGGGACAAGGAGGGCAGGUGGGGGGAGUUUGUGGGGCAGCUGCGAGAAUCCGGGGGCAACGGUAACCCUGGUAAUAAUAGUAACAUAGCAGCGGGGAGCGUCAACGCCCCAGCAGGCGGGCUGGCCGGACUGAACCGAGACCCGCCGCGCUCACCCCAGAACAGCAACCCGAACCACCCGAACCACCCUGCCCAUGCGUCUGUGCCCCCACACACACAGGGUCCAAACCACCCAGGCAGAGACUACCCACCUGCAAUGGACGCUCCCCACCAGCACCCACAGCAGCAGGCACAGCAAGGGCAGCCCUCUCAGGCCCCUUCCUCUGGAGCAGACCCACACCCACCCCACUAUCUGAGAGAGUACCCUGCCCCGGGGUCAAAGGAGUACCCCCCUAGUGCCCCCCCCACCAGCGCCGCUCACCAGGGUGGAGCCAGAGAGUACCCCAGCCCCCCAGGCAUGGCCCAGAACAUGGGGCGUGAGUAUGCUGGAGGAGGGCCAAUGCCCCACCCGCCCCAUCCACACUACCAAGGUCAGCCCGGCCUGCCCCUCCAGACUCGGGACCGAGAGAGGGAGAGAGAGGGUGGUGCCCCCCCACCUGGACAUUAUCACCACAACCGAGCCGGACCCCACCCUCCCGCACUCUCCCCUUCCACUGGAACUUAUGGACAUCCACCUGUUCCUUACCCUCCCCCGCCUCCCCCUCCCCCCACCUCCCACUCUCAGCCCCCACCCCCAUCCGGCCACUCAGCCAAUCAUGCUCGAGCAGGACCGUACUCAACGACCAAUCAAACGCCCCCGACCCCACUCUCCCCUCUACCUAGCCCCUCAACCAAUCAGAUGUCUGGGAUCCCCCCUUACCCGUCAGCCCCUGCUUCGACAGCCAACAUCCCACUUCCUGCCACAGGCGUGGCAACUUCCUGCUCCUCUGGAUGCAGGCCCUCUCCCUAUCAUAGCACUUUAAAUAGUCACGGCCCUUACAGUAGCGCUUACCAUGGCAACAGUCACAACGUCAAUGCCAUGGUAACAAACAACAACAAUGCCACCAAUGGUGGUACCCUGAACAACAAUACUAACAGCACACACCUGCAGUCCCUCUCUCCCCAAAAUCCCCUGAAGGUCCAGCAUGGUUCACACGGCCCCCCUGGUGGUCCCCCAAUGGCCAAUACCGUGGGUUCAGAUGGUCCGCACGAUGCAGCAGUUGGCUCCUUACAGCCGCCAGUCAUAAAGGAAGAACCCAUGGAAGACAGAGAGGAGACUGACAGCCCGCCCCCUGUCCUAAGAAGCCCCUCCCCUGAGCCAAAGCCUGUCGACAUUCCAAUCCACGCCAGCCAAUCAGCUCGGUUCCACAGGGUACUAGACCGAGGCAGUGGGAACUCCUGUGCCCGCAGCGAUGUUCUCUUCGUUCCACUGGACGGUUCCAAACUGUGGAAGAAACGGAACGAGGCGAUUGAGCGCGCCAGAAGAGAGGUGGAGCAGCGGGCGAGAGACCUGAGAGAGAAGGAGAGGGAGAGAGAGAGAGAGAGAGACCUGGAGAGGCAACUCCAGUGUCAGCAGAAGGAGAGCGCCAGCAGCACCACUGGGGUGUUGGGGGCGGGUGGGGCUCGUCCCAACACCUCCCUCUUCUUCCCCACUUCCUCCUCCAUCCUCCUUGACCCCGCCUGUUCCUCCGCCUCCGCCGUGAAUGUGGCCCACGUGGCCUCCCACCACCAACACCACGCCGCCCACCACCCGACUCAUGUCCACUCCCUCCACCACUCCCACCCUCUCCACCCCUCCCUCUCUCACUCCAUCCCGCACUCCCUGCUCCUGCCCGGCAUGGGGGGCCCCUCGACGGUCGUGGGCCCACAGGGGGCCCUGGGGCUGAGCCUGGGGGGGCCGUACCUGGGGCCGGACACGCCGGCCCUGCGCACGCUGAGCGAGUACGCCCGGCCCCACGCCAUGUCGCCCCUCGGGGCGGCCGCUCGGGCCCAGCCCGGCCACCACCCCCACCUGCACCCGCACGCCCACCCGCACGCCCACCCCCACGUCCACCCGUCCUUCUUCCUGCCCCAGUUCCAGAACCCGGCGCUCGGCCACCCGCACCACCUGCCCGCCGACGCGGCCACCGCGGCGGCCAUUUUGGGCUUCCUGUACGGCGGCGGCCUGGAGGGGGGGCCAGGGAUGGCGGCCCACGGGGCCCACGGAGGGGGGCCGGGGCACAUGGGGGCGGCUGGCUUGGGCGGGAUGGGGUUUCCACACGCGAUGGCCCACCGUGACCGCAUGAAGCCCGGCUUCGAGUUCAAGAGCGAGGAGCGCGUCUACCCGGCGGGCGCCAUCACAGAGGCAGCGCUGUCCCUGUCCCAUGCACACACACACAGCCACAGCCACACACACCCGUUGCUCCUGGGAGCGGGGGCCGCGGCCGGGGGGUCCACGAGUGACGUGUCGCUUUACGGCACCCCACCUCCGUCCGGACCACCCUCCCAGAGCCUCCCAAACACCCCCCUUUCCACACCAGCUGUCCGUCACCCAAACCCCACCCCCCAGGCCAUCACAGCCCAGCCCUCCGCCUCUAUAGUCCCGCCCACUCUCCCUACCCAGCCCCCACCAGUAGCCUCCCAAGCCACACCCACCCCGACAGCCCCUGCCCAAUCUACACAAGCCCCUCCCUCGACUGCCCCUCCCAUUGGCUCAGUCCUGCACCACCCCGCCCCUCACCCAACUUUCCCAAACAUUAACCCCACCCACCCCAUGCCAGUGGCCCCGCCCCCGCCCCAGUCGGCCUCCUCCGACAGCUACUCCUCCUCCCAGAGCCGCUCCCCUCUGAGUGAGCGCGCGCGCAGCGUGGAGCGAGACCGCGACCGCGAGAGGGAGCGCGAACGCGAGCGUAGCCUGCCGGCGGAGAGAGAGAGAGAGAGGGAGCGGGAGAGGGAGAGAGGAGCAGUGUCUGCAGGAGGAGGAGGAGGAGGAGGAGGAGGAGGAGUUGCAGCUGGAGGAGGAGGAGGAGGAGGAGGAGGAGGAGGUGCGACGACAGGAACAGCAGCAGGAGCAACGGGAACUGGAGAGACUCUGGGCCGUUUGCCGAUGCUGAACGUGACGCCACACCAUCACCAGCAUUCUCACAUCCACUCCCACCUACACCUGCACCAGCAAGAUACAGUGGCGGGAGGGGUACACCCCCUAAUGGACCCGCUGGCGUCCGGCUCGCCUCUCGCCCGCCUCCCCUACCCCGGGGCCGCCCUGACGCACCCCCCCAUCCUGGCACACCCCCUCACUGAGAGCGAGGUCCUCCGACAACAGCUCUUCGGAGGUCCCUUCCGGGAGCUGCCCCAGUCCUCGUCUCUGGGUGGCUCCAUGUCGGCGGCGCACCAGCUGCAGGCCAUGCAACAGGCCCAGAGCGCUGAGCUGCACAUCCAGCGGAUGGCGCUAGAGCAGCAGUGGAUACAUCACCACCACCACCACAGCCUAGCGCAGGACGAGUACUACAGCCACCUGAAGAAAGAGAGUGACAAAACACUGUGAGGGAGGGAUCCACAGGGGGAAAGAUGAGAAGAGAAGAGAAGAGAAGAGGAGAGGAAGCGAUGGACAGAAGGAGAGAAGGAGAGGAGAAUAGGAGGAGCACAUGUGCAAAUAAAUAAAUAAAUAGAUAAACGAAUGAUAUUCAACCGAGAGCACUGAAGUUGACUGGCAGAACUGGAAGGACCCAGAGAGUCCCAGCAGCACGCCAAUGACCAAUGAGAAGACCCGGAACUGAGCCACCAAGUCACGUCUGGCCAAUCACAGCCUGUGUAAUUACCACCAGGCCCCGCCCACACACCCAGUGGAAUUUUACCAAGCUCCGCCCAGCCUUGUGAUCAUUGUACCUUUGUAAAGUAAAGGCUGCGGAGACGGCAACAGCACCUGUACCAUAGAAUACUCCCCAGAGAAUGUCUACAAAAUGAAGUCCUGUUUUAUGUCUUUGCAUGUAGCUAGAAGCCUACCCUGACCUGGUGAAACACUUUGUUUGUUAAUGUUUGUCUUUUUGUUUAUGUUUUGUUUGUUUGUUUGUUUUUAUUUUUUAGUGAAGCCCUCACUCUAAAAGGACGGGUUUUUUUGUAUGUAUGCAUGAGACCAAUUUAGUGACAUAUUAUGUUUAUUAUUGAUAGUAUAAUGAUAAUAAUUAUUAUCAAUGUUGUCUGUUUGUUAAUAAUGAUAUGAUUAUAUAAACAUAUUAUUUUGUAUUAUUUUUUUACAUUUUCAUGG